AUGUACACACAAGCCGGUUACCGUUUGUUAGAAUUUAGCGGGGAAAAGAUGCUGCCGCCCACCAUGAUGCUGCGUGUGAUUCGGGCCAUUCCCCGAGGACAAAGCGGAGAGAUUCUUGGUCUGGACAGUUCCUGCUGCGGCUCCUCCACCAGCCUUCCUCCCAGCUGCCCACACCAGAAAGACACCGAGAAAGAUGAUGACAUUGAAGAGGGGGAUCUUCCCGAACACAAGAGGCCUCCAGCACCGAUAGAUUUCUCAAAAAUUGAUCCAGGCAAGCCUGAAAGUAUCCUGAAGCUGACGAAAAAGGGGAAGACCUUGAUGAUGUUUGUCACGGUAUCAGGAAAUCCCACAGAAAAGGAGACGGAAGAAAUUACUAGCUUGUGGCAGGGCAGUCUCUUCAAUGCAAACUAUGAUGUGCAAAGGUUUAUUGUUGGCUCAAAUCGUGCCAUCUUUAUGCUACGUGAUGGUGGUUACGCCUGGGAGAUCAAAGACUUUCUGAUAAAUCAAGAAAGGUGUGCGGAUGUUACUUUGGAAGGUCAGGUUUAUCCUGGCAAAGGAGCAGAAGAAAGUGAGAAAGUGAAAAACAAAACAAAACCUGAAAAAGCAAAGAAGAAAAAAGAUGCAGACAAGAAACCUAAUAGCAUCAAAGAGGACAACCGAGCAACCAAACAGAGAGAGGAUCUAUGACGGACGUGUUAACCAGACUGAGUAUUGCUCUGCUGUUCC